UGAAAGCUGUUUCAUUUGUGUGCAGCAUGUGGAUGGGGACAGCUAGGGAAAUCAUGGACACAGCCAAACAAUGGACUGUGAAAUCAUGGGCAACGCAGAAAGCCAAAAUGUAGAGCAUGAAUUGUACGGUAAAGAACAUCCCAGCCUUGCGCGUAAGCACACAUCCCGUUCACUUCGCAUCUCCAACAAAGCCUCUCGCCGUGUUCGUCAUGCGUCAUCGGGAAAGCCAGUUCACCGAAAUUCUGAGGUCAGCAAUAGGUCAAGCAGCACUCCCAGCAUCCCACAGUCUCUAGCAGAAAAUGGCAUGGAGCCAUACUCUCAGGAUGCCAACCUGGAUGACUAUGAUAGCCGAGGUUGGGUAGAUAUGGGCAUGAGGCCGGUCUCCUAUCAUACCGAUUCUUCUGUUACGCCAAGUCUUAACAGCAGCACUGUCCUCACAGCAGCCUCCAUGCAGAGCAUGCAGGACUCUGAAGAAAGUAGGCUCUACGGGGAGGAAUCUGCCUAUUUUACAGAUGGGAACGGUCGCUCUCAGCUGUACAUGACGAACGGGCCAAAUCUCUUGGAUGCUGCCAGUUUCAAGAAAAAACGCUCCAAAUCUGCCGACCUAUGGCGAGAGGACAGCUUAGAGUUCUCUCUCUCGGACCUGAGCCAAGAACACUUAACCAGUACUGAGGAAAUUUUAUGUUCCACCGAAGAAAAGGAUUGUGAUGAAACCAUUCGGAAUGAUCCUGGAGACUCCCCUCAGCAACUGGAUGCUUCCCAACGUGCCAACUCUCUCAGCGACUUGUACCCACAGAAGAGCCCACACUCCAUCAAUGGAGUCCCCAGGAAGAAAUUCAUGAUUUACUGUAGAAAUUUGGUUUCACAUUCCCCUGAGUCUAUGAAACGCAAACCGGCAACUGCUUCAGCAGACGAGCCACCUUCAUACAGCAACUAUAACACCCUGCCUUGCCGAAAGUCCCAUUGUCUCUCUGAAGGAGCCACUAACUUGAAGCUCAGCCACAGUAAUAGCAUGCAUGGGCGGAGAGCUAAAACUACUCAGGAUGUCAAUACAGGUGGAGAGGGCAGCGAGUUUACAGACAGUGGUAUCGAGGGAACAACCACUGACACAGACUUCAUGUCCAGACGCUCAAACGCCACCACAUCCAGCUACUCCCCCACCGUCAGCCGGGCCUUUAUCGGGAGCGACAGUGGUAGCAGCUCUGGAGAUGCCCUCCUCCAAGGAGUCUAUGAGAACUUCCGGCGGGAGCUGGAGAUGAGCAGCGCCAGCAGGGAAAACCUGGAGGAAGCCAAUUCAGCUCUUAGUGAUGAACAAAGCAGUGGCACUUUAAGUUCUCCAGGGCAGUCUGACAUCCUCCGGACUGCUGCUCAAGGGACUGUGCGAAAAGCUGGGGCGCUGGCCGUAAAGAACUUCCUUGUACACAAGAAGAACAAGAAGGUGGAACUUGCCACCCGCAGGAAAUGGAAACAUUACUGGGUCUCUUUAAAAGGGUGUACACUGUUUUUUUAUGAGAGCGAUGGCCGAUCUGGGAUUGACAACAACAGUAUACCGAAACAUGCCGUGUGGGUGGAGAACAGCAUUGUACAAGCCGUCCCGGAGCACCCCAAGAAGGACUUUGUGUUCUGUCUCAGUAAUUCGCUCGGAGAUGCUUUCCUCUUCCAGACCAGCAGCCAGACAGAGCUGGAGAACUGGAUCACCGCCAUCCAUUCCGCUUGUGCCACCACCGUAGCCAGGCAGCAUCAUAAGGAGGACACAGUCAAACUGCUGAAGUCGGAAAUCAAAAAACUGGAGCAGAAGAUAGACAUGGAUGAGAAGAUGAAGAAAAUGGGAGAGAUGCAGCUUUCUUCUGUGACGGACAAUAAAAAGAAGAAAACCAUCCUUGAUCAGAUCUUCGUCUGGGAGCAGAACCUCGAGCAGUUCCAGAUGGAUUUGUUCCGCUAUCGCUGCUAUCUUGCCAGCCUGCAGGGGGGCGAACUGCCAAACCCAAAACGCUUACUGGCUUUUGCAAGCCGACCGACAAAAGUUGCCAUGGGCCGCCUGGGAAUUUUCUCUGUGUCCUCGUUUCAUGCGCUGGUGGCUGCUCGUACAGGAGAGUCCGGGGUGAGAAGACGUACACAAGCCAUGUCACGAUCUGCCAGUAAGAGAAGGAGCCGGUUUUCUUCUAUCUGGGGUCUUGACACGUCUUCUAAGAAGAAACAAGGGAGACCAAGCCUUAAUCAGGUGUUUAAUGAUGGCUCAGAAUCUGUCAAGAAAUCGUUGGAAGGCAUAUUUGAUGAUACCGCAUCAGAAGACAAGAAGGAAAAAGAGGUGCCUUUGACCAGCGUCCAUUCUCACAAUGCCGAUGCUGACAUAUGGGUGCAUGAGUACCUGACACCGUCCUGGGUAUGCCUGCCAAACGACCAACCAGUCCUAAUUGUCAUCCAUCCAGAUGAUACAGCAAAGGAUGCCUUGGAUAUCAUUUGCAAGACUCAUCAGUUGGAUUACACGGCUCAUUAUCUACGCCUCAGAUUCCUGUGCGAUAACCAACAGCAGCAUUAUAUACCAAGACCUGAGGAAGAGAUUUAUGAACUGCUCUACAAGGAAAUCACAAUCUGCCCCAGAGUCAUCAGAUACAUUCAGCUGGAGAAGACUGAGCCGUCAGAAAUGUUCGGGUUCUCGCUGAGCUCUGUGGAGGAAGAAGGCAGGCCACAUCUGUAUGUUAAUAAUGUAAGGGAGUCGGGCUUGGCAUUCAAGAGAGGUUUGAAAAUAGGAGAUGAGGUGAUGGAGAUUAAUUCAGCCACAGCACGAGAUCUCAACUCAGCCAUGCUAAAACAUGUCCUGGCCAAGCCGUUACUGUGCCUUACUGUCCGUACCUGUCCUGAGCUGGAGGAGAACCUGGCUCUGAUAGGGGCUCCACCACGCCGAUCAGAGGGCGAUUUCAAUGAUUACAAUCUGUUUGCCAGCAGUCGAGGUUGCAGCGAGGAUGAGACCGUUAUAGAGACCACUCCGGAGGAGAUCGAAGUGCAGCUGGAAGUGACAGACGAGGCCAAUGCUACAGACAGUAGCUCCGAACACGUUGCUGCAUUUUGUCGCAGCCUCAAUGAGAUGAACUUGCCAGACUCCUGCCUAAGCCCCUCUGAAUUCACAGGAACCCCGUUGGGCACCAUGAAGCAAUUAACAGAUGCCGACAAACUGCGUAAGGUGAUUUGCGAGCUGCUGGAGACGGAGCGCACCUAUGUCAAGGAUCUGAAUUGCCUAAUGGAAAGGUAUCUAAAACCACUACAGAAAGAGACGUUUCUCACACAAGACGAGUUGGAUGUGCUAUUCGGCAAUCUGGUAGAGAUGGUGGAAUUUCAGGUUGAAUUUCUGAAAACGUUAGAAGACGGGGUCAGGCUGGUACCAGACCUGGAAAAGCUGGAGAAAGUCGAUCAAUUCAAGAAAGUCCUAUUUUCUCUGGGUGGAUCUUUUCUAUAUUACGCUGAUCGAUUCAAGUUGUACAGUGCCUUCUGCGCCAGUCACACCAAGGUCCCAAAAGUUUUAGUGAAAGCUAAGACGGACCAGCAUUUCAAAGCGUUUCUAGACGCCCAGAACCCUAAGCAGCAGCACUCUUCAACCCUGGAGUCUUACCUGAUCAAACCCAUCCAGCGCAUUCUCAAGUACCCUUCGUAUCUUAAACAGUGCUUUUUGCUGUCCACAGUGGCAAUCAAAACCAUGAACAAAGUGGCCAGUCAUAUUAACGAGAUGCAGAAGAUCCAUGAAGAGUAUGGCGCUGUGUUUGACCAGCUCAUAGCAGAACAGACCGGGGAAAUCAAAGAGGUGGCAGAUUUAUCCAUGGGAGAUUUAUUACUGCACAGCACCGUUGUGUGGCUGAACCCUCCGACAUCACUCGGGAAGUGGAAAAAAGACCCGGAAUUGGCAACCUUCGUAUUUAAGGCUGCGGUCGUGUUGGUGUACAAGGACAGCUCCAAACAAAAGAAGAAGCUUGGUGGAUCACACAGAGCCUCCAUGUUUGAAGAUCGAGAUCCAUUCCGCUUCAGACAUAUGAUUCCUACAGAAGCUUUGCAGCUGCGAGCACUCACUACAUCAGAUGCUGAAACAAACUCAGUCUGCGAAAUUGUUCAUGUGAAGUCGGAAUCUGAGGGGAGACCAGAAAGGGCUUUUCACUUAUGCUGCAGUUCUCCAGCGGAAAAGAAGGAGUUCCUGAGGGCAGUGCAUUCUAUCCUGCGGGACAAGCACAGGAGGCAGCUGCUGAAAACAGAAAGCUUACCUAAUUCCCAGCAGUACGUUCCAUUCGGGGGGAAGAGGCUGUGUGCACUGAAGGGUGCUCGCCCUGCCAUGAAUAGAGCAGUCUCCGCUCCCAGUAGAUCUCUUGCCCGGAGAAGACGCCUCGUGAGGAACCGUUUCACCAUCGACUCAGACACGGUUUACUCAACAGGCCCUGACAAAGAGCCUGAACCUGACACGGAACCCAAACCACCGCAGCAGACGAGCAACAGUGGUGACACAGACCGCUGGGUGGAGGAGCAGUUCGACCUGGCCCAAUACGAGGAGCAGGAAGACGUGAAAGAAACAGACAUUCUCAGCAGCGACGAUGAGUACUGCGAGUCUAUCAAAGGGGGCUCCAUGGAGAAGGAUCUAAGCGACCAACUUGAGGCCACCUCCCUGUCCAAUAAUCCAUUGAAUAACAGCGUCCAAAACACUAUUAGCACUCACGCUUCCCGUAUGUCCCAGCUGAAGAAACAGACUGCCUUUUCUGGAAUGAAUGGUAGCAUAGAGAGCACCACCGAAGAAGUCAUAUGGGUGAAGCGGGAAGACUUUGUACCAGCCAGGAAACUAAACACGGAAAUCUGAC